AUGUCCAAUAAUUUUAAACAAGAGUCAAUUCUUGAUCUUGAAGAUAAUUUCCUUCCGUUGAUAAUUGAAUAUGUACCUGAUGAAAAUUUGGAAGCUUGUUCUGAUAUUCCACAACUUGAAGAACUUCCGAGAUGUCGCUUCAUAAAAAUCAUUUCUACUGAUGAGUUUGUAGAAAUGGAGAAAUCGUUGGUUCCAAGAUUAUUACCAGUUGAUUAUAAAGUCGAAGACUACUUUGGUAAUGUUGUGGAAUAUAAAAAAUUAAGACCACUUGCGUUUGUACAGUUGAUGAGGAAGUAUGUCAACUUUAUGCCAGAGAUUGUUUGCUUCACUCGAAUGGAAUUAUUCAUGUGGUUUUAUAAGCAACAUCCGGAGAUUUUACAGAAAUUGCCAAGAAUUGAUUUAACUUGCUUGAAUAAUUCUGUCCCAAAUCAUGUAAAUAAUUUUGAUUUUGAUGUGUACAAUAUCUACCGAGUUUGGGAAGUACCUGGACUUAAUAACAAAAAGCUAUUCUCGUCAAUUAAAUCCCUUCGGACCGACAACUUCCCAGAAAACUUUGAAGAAGGCUGGGGUGAAAACCUUCAAGAGUUAGAAUUCAUUGGGAACUUUUACAAACUCCCACCAUUACCGUCUAAUUUGAAGAAGUUGCAACUAGGAGGAAGUGGUGAUCAGCCAUGGCAGUCUAGGAAGCAACAGAUAGAUCUAUCACGUAGCUCGCUUCCCCGGUUUCCUCUGGGAUUGGAGUUUUUAAGAUUAUUUAUUUGUGGAUUGGAUGAAUUGGAUAUUUCAUAUUUGGAAAAUUUACGGGACUUUGUCCUAGAUGCAGACAUUAAGCAAAUGAGCCAAUUGAAACUUCCUCGAGGAAUUGAACGUGUAAUAUUGACGAACUCGCGAAACGAACCAACCUCAGACAGAUACACGCUAACUUAUAACAGACAUACAACAUCCAGACAUCCAAACAUACGGUCAAUUGAGAAUUUGGUCUCAAUAGAAUUAUAUAAAUCGUUAAAAGAAUUUCGAGUUGAGGAUAAGUAUAGCUCAACAACAACAAUCUUUGACAAUGUGUCUCUCCCUCUGUCUAUACGGACUUUAGGGAUUGAUAUAAACAAUACCACACAAAACGAAGGAGAUACGUUUGGAAAUUUUGAACUUUUGCCAAACUUGAAACUACUCCAAGCCCUGAUGUCUUUUGGAUAUGAUCCAUUAGGACUAGUGUUUCCCGACUCAUUAAAGUUUCUAAGUGUGCAUGGAGCAUAUUUUGAUUCUCGUGGUUGGACCAAAGUUAGGCUACCACCUUCCCUCACUGGUUUGAAAAUUAAUUCCCCUAGGUUCGACGGGAUCGAAUUCCCAGAAUCCUUAGUUAGUUUGGAGUUAUCUUCAGGUGAGUACCUGAAGAUAAAAUUCAGGGAGUAUUUGUGGCCAAAGAAUUUAAUUCAUCUUAAACUUUCGAAGGUACAUAAGGGGAAAUUUAAGAAGCUUCCUCCUAAAUUGCAAAAAUUGGAUUUGCUUAAAAAUGGACUCCGGAAAGUGAUUAUCAAAAAUGCACCUUCUCUAAGAGAAGUCGAGUUACUGUGUAAUCUUUUUGAAAAUAUUGAUGAUACUAAUUUUCAAUUGCCAGAUACUGUUGAGGUCAUAUCUUUAGAUGAAUGCCCUAUCAAACAAAUAGCUGUUAAUGUGUUUCCAAAAAUGUUACGAAAGCUUGAGUUAAAACAUAAUCAAAUACGGCCAAGGAUGUUGGACAACAUAGUCUCCUCAAACUACCAAAACUUGACUCAUUUGGAUCUAUUCUGUUGCGGAAUUUCAAAAUUGGAUAACUUACCUUCGACAUUGGAAUGGAUCCGCUUGGACAGAAAUUCCCUCUCUUCCUUUUCACCAACUGUUUUGUCCAAGCUAACGAAAUUGAAAGUAGCGUCAAUUAGAAGAACCAGAAUCACUAAACCCCUCCAAAGAGGAAAUAAAUUGGUAUUUCCAUCCUCUUUGGUUUCUUUGGAUCUUUCUGAGAAUCAUUUUCAUCCUGGUGCCGUCAAAAAUUUAUUGUUGCAGGCAUGUGUCAAUUUGAAAGAGUUGGUUAUUAGUCGUAAUAGAAAUAUGGAAGAUGUUCAAGUUUUGGUUGAUGUAGUUAACACCUUCUGUCCUAAUAUUGCUGAGUUGACUGUGGAUGAUACUCUUCGAGAGCGAAAAAUGUCCAGUGAUAUUAAAGCAGAGAUAUUUCUCAAGCUUCCAUAUAACGUUAUCCAAUUGAUAAUUGAUUAUAUCCCCAAUGAAUAUUUAGUAGGUUAUUCUGACAUUCCAACACUUCAAGAAUUUGCAGCACGUUCAGCAUAUCGCUACAUUAAAAUUAUUUCCACUGAUGAGUUUUGCCAGAUGGAUAAAUCUCAAGCCAUUCCAAGGUUAGAUCCAAUCGAUUAUAAGGUGGAAGACUACUUUGGCAAUGUUAUAGAGUAUAAAGAAAUGAAGCCAUUUGCGUUUGUUCAAUUCAUGAAGGGGUUUGCAAACUUUUGCCCAAAGAUUGUUUGCUUCACUCGAAUGGAAUUAUUCAUGUGGUUUCAUAACCAACAUCCAGAGAUUUUAAAAAAAUUACCAAGAAUUGAUUUGACUUGGUUAAAUGCUUCUGUCCCAAGCCACGUAAAUGAUUUUGAUUUUGCGAUGUACAAAAUCUAUCGAGUUUGGGAAGUACCUGGAUUAACUAACCAAAAGCUAUUCGCGUCGAUUAAAUCCCUUCGGACUCAUAAUUUUCCAGCAAGCUUUCAAAAAGGGUGGGGUGAAAAUCUUCAAGAGUUGGAGUUCAAUGGAAACUUUCACAAGCUUCCACCAUUGCCCUCUAAUUUGAAAAAGUUGCAGUUAGGAGGAUGCGGUGAGCUACAAUGGCAAUUCAGAAGGGAGCAGAUAGAUCUUUCCUCCAGUUCACUUCCUCGCUUUCCUUUGACAUUGGAAUUUUUAAGAUUAUUUAUUUGUGAAUUUGAUGAAGUGGAUAUUUCCUAUUUAGAAAAUUUGCAAGACUUUCUCCUAGAAGGGGAUAUUAAGAAUAUGAACCAGUUGAAGCUUCCUCCAGGAAUCAAACGUGUGUCUCUACAGACGCUAGAUGUUAAUAUAGACGAUUACAACGGUAGAAUAGGUGGUAGACACGAUGAAGAUCCGUUUAGAAAUUUUGUGCCUCCGUCAAACUUGCAGACUCUUCAAAUUCUGACAUUCGUUGGACUUAAUAACCCAUUAGAAAUGGUACUCCCGGAUUCGAUAAAAUUUCUAAGUGUCAGCACAGUGCAAAAUCCCCUUGGUGUCGGUAAUAAGUUUUAUGACAGCACCCCUACUGAUUGGAGCAAAGUAAGACUUCCAUCUUCGUUGACUGGCUUUAGACUAGUUGCAUUUACUUUUUGUGGGAUUAAAUUUCCAGAAUCCUUAGUUAGCUUGGAAUUGUAUUCAAUUAUGAGGAUCGAUGUGACCGAUUACCCAUGGCCAGAGAAUUUAGUCCAUCUCAAGCUUUCGGCCGUACGGUCGGAAUUUAAGAAUCUUCCUCCCAAAUUGCAAAAAUUGGACUUGUCUGGAAAUUGUUUCCAGAAAGUCAUUAUAGAUCAUGCGCCAAAUUUAAAAGAAGUUGAUGUACUGUAUAACCGUCUUGAAAGUAUCGAUAAUUCGAAUUUCCGAUUACCUGAUACUGUGGAGAUUGUAUCUUUGCUGACAUGUGUAUGGGUUAAACAAAUAGCUGCUAAUGUGUUCCCAAAAAUGUUGAGAAAACUCGAUUUAAGUGACACGCCAGUACGUCGUAUCACAAUUGAAAACCUAGUUUCAUCAAACUACCAAAACUUGACUCAUCUAGAUCUUUUCAGUUGCAAAAUUUCUUCAAAAUUAGUUAAGUUACCUCCAACAUUGGAAUGGCUCCGCUUGGACAAGAAUCCGAUUCCUUCAUUUUCCCCAACAGUUUUUUCAAAGUUAACAAAAUUGAAAGUCUUGUCAAUGAGACGAAUGAAAAUCAAUAAAUUUCUCGAAAAUGGUAAUAAAUUUGUAUUUCCACCCUCCUUGAUUUCUUUGGAUCUUUCUGCCAAUGAUUUUAACCCCGGUGUGGCCAAAAAUCUAUUGUCGGAUCUGUGUGUCAACUUGCAAGAAUUCAUUCUUGGUCACAAUCCAGAAAUGACUGAUGUUCAGAUUUUGGUUGAUGUAGUUAAGAAGGUUUGUGCUGAUAUUGAUGUGUUGACUUUGGACGACACUCUUAGAGGCCAUGUAAGCGGGGAAUAUGAUUUUAUAUGUUGGUCCACGCUGAUUGAGUCAUUAUAUUUUGAUAUAUAA